AUGGGCACGACAGAAGACACCUUCCAAGUCCGACUCAAGCAACCGAUGUCGAUCGACGUACUACUCGAGCUUGAUCUUGGUACCUUGGCCAACGAAAUCGGGAGAUUGGAAGACUCGAUCGAGCGAUUGAUUCGGUCGAAUGAAGAGAUGGUGGAGUUCGAGGACGAAUGUGGUUCUGACUUGGAAGCCAGAGAGACGUUCAAAGAAGCAAGAGCAGAAAAUCUAGUAACCAUCGAAACUCAAAAAGAAAGGAUUGAAAUGAUCAAGUGGUGCAUCCGAAGAAAAACCCGACGAAACGGAGCUGAUAAUACCCAUUACCACGUCAAUCACCCAGAUUCAACAGUAAAAACAGGCUCGACAGUCCCGCCCGUCCACAUUCUUGUUAACGGGGACAGCUCACUCACAGUGGCAAAUCAAUCAACAGGAUUGGACGCAGACAACGGGAUUAGCUUGUAA